AUGAUCUCUAUAAACCAUCACAAUAACUUGUGCCUUUCCAAAGGCUACGACGGCCAGGGGAUAGUGUACUCUGACCUGGAUAGGCUGUGUGACGGGGUGAUGGCGUUUUUGCUGGGGGUGCUUGGUGCGGUGAAAGAUGAUGAAAACGUCAAGCAUUAUUAUCCUGUAGAGAAAAUGACUGAAACACUCCAAAAAAUUAAAAACAGUAUGCACAAUCCUGGCGGAUUGUCUAAGGCCGUUAUGGCUGUGAGCACGGCGCUGGGGGAGUGGGAUGGAGAUUUGCAAAAGAAAAUAGAUAAAGUUGUGAAAGAAGAAGGUGAAGGCACGUUAAAAGCAUUAAAACGAAAAAUUGGUGAAAAUAUUGCGGCAGUUGAUAAGUUAAAGUCCCAGUCCCUAGACAGUGUAGUCUCCACCUUGGCCACGACGGUGUUUGAUGGGUUGGACGAUAAUGUUAAUGCAGUGAAAGAGGCCAUAAAAAAGCUUGAUGGGCCUCUGCAAAUGAAGGUUAUGAGUGACUUCGAGAAAAUUAAAAUGGAAAUAAAUCACGUCACGAAGAACGCAAAGGAAGACAAGUGGCGUAUGGAGAAGCUGUGCGAGAAUGUUAAUAAGGUGCUUGACAAACUGCGUCACGCUGUUCACAUGACAACUGAUAAUGAGAUAAGGCGUAUCAGUACAACAUUGGCUGACAAUAUGGAAAAUAUACAAGGACACAUCGGUAUCGUGGACGAAAUGUUGAAAAAAUACGUCGAACACCUGACGGUGUGGAUCAAGAAUGCGGAUCAGACUAUGAUCGAUGCGUUAGAGAGGGUUGAAAUAAUAUUACAGCAGGUGAAAGACACAGAAAAUGCACGAACCAAGAAGGAUAUACAAGAGGCGAUUAGGCAGUUGACGCUGAAGGCUCAAUCACUCUACCAUGCUGGUAGAGCUGCUGAUCGACUUGUUAAAGAACUGGUGCCUAAAGCUAACAUAAUGAUCACAGGUCUCGAAAAAGUUUACGUGAAUAAAUUAUGGAAGCUGAAAGAGGACGUGAAUUUCGCAGUCCAGGAUGUGAGAAAGAAAAUUGGAAUGCUUGGCCAUCAGUUAGGUGUGAAAACGGAAAGUGAUAAUAUCAAAGGGAUUAUGAAGCAUAUUGAAGAGGAGGUGAAGUUCAUUAAAGGAAAAAUUGGAGAACCAAUGAAAGUCCCAGAACUAGAUGAUGCAGAUGAUAGUAUAUAUAAGAAUUGGCAGAAGAUUAAACAUGAGGUUAAGCAGGUUGUUGACAGCAUGACUGGUGUGGAAGAUGGUGAAAUAACUGGAGCACUUAAAUUGAUUGCAAAAGGUGUCACAGAUUACGCCAAUGGUUUUGGAGAAGAAGGAUUCAGCAGUAACGUAUUGACUGAGUGGAUUGGAGAUAUAUUAAAAGAUAAAGAUGAGAGCAUUGUGACUUACAAGAUAAACCAGUAUGUGAGACUUCACAAAAACGUUAGCCAGAUGACAGACAAGGAUGAUGAGGCGGUGAAGGAUGCAAUAAAGAAACACCUCCCAUCGCAUAUUUACACAGAAAUACAGGAAGCUGCCGUAACGCAUCUUAAUAGAUCAACGGUGGGUAAUAUUGCCGAUCGAUUUCAGGAAUUUGCCGACCAUGUUGAACUUCAACUUAAGAACCAUCUAAAUUUUUCACUUGGAAGGGCAGCUCAACAAAUAGAAGAGCAGUUGGGUUUGACAAAAGCGAAGCAUAAAUAUAGACACAAUAUCGAGAUUAUUAUUAGAGCUAUCGUGAAGUCCUUAUUGAACAACUUCAAGCAGGUUGCAUUAGAGCUUAAGCGGUUUGCUAAAACGUCACUAAUUAAUCGAAUAGAAAGUGCAAUACCAGAUGUUGAAGAUCUUGGCAAACAACUUAUAUCAGGCAAUCCCGGCGAAAAAGUUGAUAAGGCAUUGGAAGCCGUUAAGCCUAAGAUUGAGACACUGCAACACCAACUUGAGAAAGCAACACAGCCUAAUUCCCUCGGCGAUGAUAGCGACAAUGCUGCAGCCGCGAUAGAUGUAGCGAUUCACAAUGUUACGAAACAUCCAUUUGAAGGUAUAGUGGCGAGUGGAGACGGUAGACUAUUAAAUGACAUCAAUGGACGCCUCGACGCGUACAUCGCCCUCAAUGAUACCAUGGGAGUAUUGAGAACGCAAACGAUUACCGCAUUAUCGCAAAUUGAUAAUGCACAUAAUGACGUUCUAAAACUCUUUAAAGAUGUUACAUCUAAUAUUGCAAAAUUGUGCGCCACCAUUGAGAAAGCAUCCGAUGAACAACCAGGCGGACUGAAGAAAAUGUUAGGUGAUUUCAGAAAGGAGCGCAUCGCCAUGGUUAAUAACAGAUCAGGUCUUCAAAAGAUAAAAACCGAUCUCGACACCCUCCAAAAAGAUCAACUCAGAAAAUUAGAUACAGCCGUCACAAAUGUACUUCAUUCCACUCUCCCUGAAGCCGUCGAAAAUUGCAGAGAAGCCAUACAAGAAAAUAUCAGAGAAGAAGUUGAGAAGGCCAAGAGAGACAUAAAACAAGACGCACUUAAGCGCUAUGUCAAGUCAAAAAUCAAUGAUCUUAAAGCACUAGGAACGUUUGUGGAGCAGCGGCGUGCAUUAAUGGCGAAAACCAUAGACAACGAUUUGAAAAGUGGUAUCAAAGGUUUUUUUAAGAAUCUCAACGCGGACAUUGGCGAGUUCAAUAACUUGAAUGCGGAUUCCGAGUUGCCGGACGGAGCGUCAUACGCGAAAACAUUCUUUCAACUGUUGUCAUCAAACAUCUCAAGCCAACCGGAUAUGAUGUCUUUCACAACUAUAGUUGAUGCGAUACAUUCCCCGGUGGAUCAGUUGCUCUCCGGUCUCGAAUCUUCGGAGCACUUCGACAGCACAUUCACAAACAACCUUGACACGCUUGAAAAUGCCAUACAGUCUCUGGUGCCCACUGGCUUCUCCGGGCCACUUAGUCCGCUAAUUGAUGUUCUGAAGGAAGGCAUCACGGCAUUCGUCAAGCAGCUGAACAUGGCUUACGUCAGCAGGUAUUCGGGGACAAGUAUUCAGUGGAAUGAAACUGAAAAUUACAAAAGAUUAACCGCCGACGCAACCAACUGCGCCAAAGCCUUCCUCACCUUGAUACCAGUAAUGUGUCACGACGUGUCUGACUUGCGAUCCAAAUGCGUUGUGUCUUGGAGUGAAUUGAAAACUAAUUUGCGUGGUAAAAACAAUCCUCUCGGAGCGUGCUUGCAAGACGCGGGGUAUAAAGUCUCCGAAUCGGAAGCUGUACACAACGGGGUGUUGCGUAAUACGAUUAGCGGCCAGACCGUUAACGAAAAACUGAAACGGAAGACUACUGACGCAGAGAAAUUGGAGCAGUUAAAAGCAUGGAAAACAUCUAACAACAGACACGGUGACGGAGUAACGCUGCUCGACUUAUUCGAUUACCUACACGAUUGCCUUAGAUGGUACUACGAAGUAUGUCACCUGGGCACUCUCAGUUCCAAGAAACAUCCACGCAGUAUAUACGACAUGCUUCAAUGGCUCUCCGGUCUGUCGUACGAUCCAGUGCACCAGGAACUGGCGCUCAAUGGGUUCAGUGACCUGUUUGAAAAGCCAGAGAAAGACGAGUCGGAUGCUGAGUUGUCUCUAUCGGAUAAGGACCCGGACACGUUGGAGGCCUACCCAGAAAAUGUCACGGCUACAAAGCUGUCGAAUAGCCUUCGCGAUGUUUGCGCGUAUUCGGAGACUGUACUUGUCGCCAUCCAGGGUUAUGGACACGCAGGCGGGCGGUAUGCUUGCGAUUUUAACAGCAACGCGGACAGUUUCGUAUAUCCCGCGGACCCUGCGAAAUGUUUGGAAAUUCUUGCGGAUGUGUUGACUCGGGUGUACGAGCAGCUGUGUUUCCUAUUAGUUCAGUGUUCACGUGAGUACGAGGCUAACAGCUGGCGUGAUUGCUAUUAUGGACGUGGCGGUGGGAUCCUCUAG